AAAAUCACAAUCAUCGUACUUCUCCUAAAAAACCAAGAAUAAAAAAAGACACAGCCUACCGCCUCUCAAUGAUCAUCUUCAAAUCAUUAUUGCCUCUGAGCUCCUAAAAUUAUCGUCAGAAUCUUUCCAAUGCCUUAAUUAGGAUUCCAAGUCCCAUUAGAAACACAGAAAAGAAGAAAGAAGAAAGAAAAAACGAAAGGCAGAAAAGAGCAGAAGGAAACAAAGGAAUCAGCAGGGAGUUGCUGUUGCCGCCGCCACCACCGGAACUUUCCAUCACCACCUGCAAAUCUUCACCGAGAGAGCACUGAAGUUGUUGUUCCCGUGGUGCAAGGAAAAAUCAGGCAUACUUGUGAAAGUGUGACAUUGGAACAGUUUAUGGAGUCUCCAUUGUUGAAACCAAUGGUUACUUUAUCUGGAACUGCCGAAGAAGGUGCCGUUGGACCUCCUCUAGGUUUGGUUGACAUAGGUAUCUGUGAAAGUGCCUAUCUUUUUCGUGUUGCCCUUCCUGGUGUUAGGGGUAGCGAGAGUAAGUUGAAAUGCAACAUACAACUCAAUGGACGGGUUCACAUAGAGGGAGUGAUUACCGAGUCUCAAUUCAUGAAGAAUUGUUCUAAGGUGUUUGAAAUGAAAGUGCAGCAGCUUUGUCCUACUGGGCCUUUCAGUGUCUCUUUCAAUUUGCCUGGACCUGUAGACCCAAGGUUAUGCUCUUUUUCUUUCAAGGCAGGUGGUAUUUUAGAGGUGGUUGUACUGAAGUUCAGAAUACCACAUCUAUCAGCAGAAGGCUGGUUUGAAAAAUGGUAUGAUUGCUGGUCCUUUCCUUGAUGAGCGUUUCCAGACCUGAUUAAUUUCCGGAAGUUAUUCCUUUUCGUUCGCAGAAGGAAAGACUAAAUCUUUUUUGUUGCUUCAUUGUUUUUUGUGCUAGUGAAAAACAAGUAUUUGAUAUCAGUAGAGCGAAAAUUGGCCAUAUGUUAUCUUCCUUGUGACCUUAUAACUGGUUACUAUAACAUGAAUUCGCAGGCGGAUCUGGUUAUUGUAACGCUGAA